CGCUGCCUUCCAACCUUUACUUGAGUUUCCAACCACCAUCUUCUCAAACAACAAUUUGCUCUGUCGUCCCGCGCAAUUUCCCUUUAGUUUCUUUUCUACGUAUAUUAUCACCCGCUACGUUCCGCUAACCUUGUUGACCUCCUGCCUUCCUUUACCCCACAGCUCUCCAUUGCCGAUAGUCCUCCCCUCCUCCCUUCCACCGCGCAAGCCCACCCAGCUAUUCUUUCGCCCUCAUACCCCCCAGUUCGGCUCCGUUGUAUUUUCUCCGUCUGUGGAUGGGAGCUCCCGGCUCCUUCCGACCUACAAGAUGGUUCAGUCGCCAAUGAUCUCAUGUCCGCUGAAGCAGACCAACGAAAUUGAUUGGAUCCAACCACUCAAGGACUACAUACGCCAGACCUAUGGUGAAGACCCCGAAAGAUAUGGCCAAGAAUGCGCAACCCUCAACAGAUUGCGCCAGGAUAUGAGAGGUGCGGGGAAAGAUAGUGCGACAGGGCGCGACCUAUUGUAUCGGUAUUAUGGGCAGCUGGAGCUCCUCGACCUGAGGUUUCCUGUGGACGAAAAUCACAUUAAAAUAUCAUUCACUUGGUACGAUGCUUUCACACAUAAGCCCACCUCUCAAUACUCCCUAGCUUUCGAGAAAGCCUCAAUCAUUUUUAACAUAUCUGCCGUCCUGUCCUGCCAUGCUGCGAAUCAGAACCGGGCGGAGGAUUCGGGCCUGAAAACCGCCUAUCACUCAUUUCAAGCGGCCGCGGGGAUGUUUACCUAUAUCAAUGAGAACUUCCUACACGCACCGUCGACCGACCUGAACCGAGAGACUGUUAAGACUCUAAUCAAUAUCACCCUAGCCCAGGGUCAAGAGGUCUUCCUCGAGAAACAAGUGGCCGACCAAAAGAAAGUCGGCUUCCUUGCAAAACUCGCCAGUCAAUCAGCUUAUCUAUACUCACAGGCAGUUGAGGGGAUGCAAGAGUAUGCGAAGGGUGUCUUUGAGAAGGUCUGGGUGGUUGUGGUUCAAGCUAAAGCGGCGCAUAUGGCUUCGGUGGCUUCUUAUUACCAAGCCAUGGCUGACAGUGAGAGCGGAUCGCAUGGGGUGGCCAUUGCUAGGCUUCAGCUAGCCGAGAAGAACUCAACUGCUGCAUUGAGUUGGGCAAAGUCCUUCCCAUCAUCCGUACCUCCCAAUUCAAACCUGAGCGCCGAGUCGGGCUCUACUCUGUUGGACAUCGUCAAAUAUCACCUUGCAACUGUACAGGCUAAUCUCGUGACAUUCACUAAGGACAAUGAUUUCAUCUACCACCAGCCAGUUCCGAACGAAGCGGGCCUGUCGGCUGUUGCAAAGCUGCCUGCGGCGAAGGCCAUCCCAGUCAGCGAGCUCUAUCAGGGACAGGAUAUCCAGCGGAUCAUCGGGCCGGAUAUCUUUCAGAAACUUGUACCUAUGUCUGUCACGGAGACAGCCAGUCUCUAUGACGAGGAAAAGGCGAAGUUGAUACGGGCGGAAACGGAGAAAGUUGAAACAGCAAAUGGAGAAAUGGCCGCGAGUUUGGACUAUCUGAAGCUACCUGGAAGCUUGAACAUUCUCAAGGGCGGGAUGGACCAGGAGAUGACAGUUGAUGACGAGUUCCGACGAUGGUGUCAAGAUCUUGCGGGGCAUCAAUCUUUCACCAAAGCGUUUGAUAGUUUGCAGGAGCGCAAAUCGGAAACGCUGGCCCAGCUAGAUCAAUGCGCUAAGCAACUUGACCUGGAGGAAAGUGUUUGCGAAAAGAUGCGCUCUAAGUACGGACCUGAUUGGAGUCAGCAGCCUAGUGCAAGGCUGAAUACUACACUACGCGGCGAUGUUCGUACAUAUCGGGACACCGUCAAUGAAGCCAGUGCCAGCGAUUCUCAACUCCUCUCUACAUUUCGACAGUAUGAGUCGGAUUUUGAUGAGAUGCGAUCUGCGGGAGAAACAGACGAGGCCGAUGUAUUGUUCCAGCGGGCGAUGAUCAAGGCCGGGUCUAAGUUUGGCAAAGGCAAGAAUGGCCACAGUAGCCCUUACGCGCCAACAUCGGAAGUAAGCUUGAUAGACGAUGUUUACGAUGAGGGAGGGCUUUCGGUGGCGGAACAGAUUUCCAUGGUUGAGUCCAUUCUCAAGAAGUUGAACUUGCUCAAGCGCGAACGGUCCCAGGUCUUGAAAGACCUGAAAGAGAAGGUUCACACUGAUGACAUAUCGAAUGUGCUCAUACUGAACAAGAAGUCCAUUGCUGGGCAGGAGGCGCAGCUUUUCGAAGCUGAAUUGGAGAAAUUCCGCCCACACCAAAACCGGUUGCUACAAGCCAACCAUAAGCAAGCCUCACUAAUGAAAGAGCUCACUAAAAUCUAUGGCGACUUGCUUCAGGACAAGCGAGUGCGGGCCGAACAGUCGAAAUAUGAAACCAUAACCCGCCAAAGAAAUGCAGUCAUGGCGCGGUAUAAAAAGGUAUACGAUGCGUUCAAUGGCCUGCUAUCGGGAGUUAGACAAGCACAGACCUUUUAUACCGAAAUGGGCGACACAGUGGAGAGCCUGAGGAAGAAUGUGGAAACUUUCAUCAACAAUCGGAGGUCUGAAGGCGCUCAGCUUUUGGGGCAAAUCGAACGCGAGAAGGCGAGUAGUGCGACGGAACAGGAGGAUCGUGAACGGGAAAAGCUCAGGCAGUUGAUGGAACGUCUUUCUACUGAGCCUAAGCCGUCUUCUUCCUCAUCUUCAGGGGUUCCGACAAAGGUGAAGUCUCCUCCGCCUCCUGUGCAGACACCCAGCUAUCCGGGUCCUGGCAUAUCCUCGCCGAAGAUGUCGCCGCGUUAUCCUCCUGUUGCAGGACAAUCCCACGGACCCCCGCUCUCUCACUCUCCGGCACCGUAUGGUCAAUACACAAGUUCUGGGGCCGGCGUUUCAUACGUGCCGGGCCAACCUUUCCAACAGGGGGCGGCAGCACCGCUCACUGAGAGCUAUAACCCCAUGGCGUAUCCCUUCCCCGCCUCCGCCUCGCCUCCUCCAACCCAACAAUAUUUUUCGUCCACGCCCACCCCAUACAGCGGCUACUCCAAUCCAACUCCACCCACUGCACCCUCGCAAUUUAUGCCUCAGGGGUACGUCCCGCCUCCCCCGCCACCGCGUCCCCAGCAAACCUCGUAUCCCCCGUCCACGGGACCCUUCCCCUCUGGCCCUGGCGGAUACGCCCAAAACAGACCGUACGGCUCAAGUCAGCAUCACAAGGUGCAGUCCCAAUCCUCACAGUCGCAAGGCCAGCCCGCGUCAGCCGAUCCUUGGGCGGGUCUCAACGCAUGGAAGUAAGCGGCGCUCAUGCAACGGGUUGGAUUAUGAAGUAUGAUAGACUCAUGGACUGGAAAUUUGCAUUCAGGCGUUAUGUCUACUCUUUUUCGCUGAUUAUAUGCGCUAAUGCUGUAUGUUUCAACUUGUGUGCGUUUGUUUUUAUCUUCGCGGGGCUUGUGCCCUGCGAGAUAUAGUUUUUGAAGCCCAAUAUAUGUAUGUAUAUACAUAAAUCAUGACGAAGAAAAAAUGCAGGCAUGUACUUGAUUGAAACGAUAUUAUUAAGCGCAACAAAUAUCCUCCAUUAUAUUCAGACACAGGGGGCCAGACUCGGCACACCAUAAUAAAAGUACAGUGGAACCCAGAACUCCAUUAUAGUACAUGAUAUUAUGCAUAACAUAGUGGAUUAGAGACCUAGACCCAAACAGACAGAGUAUCCCAACCCCCAAGCAACAAUAUAAGUAGACCUGAGCAAAUAUCUGACAGAUCCAAGGCAUUAAGACAAGUCAUGGGGCUGUAUCGUCUUUCAUAGGUCCGGGGAAGAGUAGUUCUGUAUCAAAAAAGCAUAAACAUAAAGAUAAAACAAGUAAGACCAAAAAACGUAAACAAUCUGCGCCAGUGGGUAUCAUGAGAAGAGGGGGUGCGAAUGUGGCAGAAGACUCCGAAAUCGUAGUAUAUCUUGUACAGAGUGACGUAGGCAGCGAUCGCGGAAAGAAAAAA